AUGAGCGAGUGCGAAUUUGACCGAGCAUCGGAAGGAGGAUGCGAAGAUCUCUUCCGCGAUAUUGAGACCCAAUUUGAGCUAUCUGAUAUUGCCAACGACAAAUGGUACCUCACGACCCUCAGCGCCUUAACCACAACUCCGAAUCCACACUUGGCUGAUCAGCUCUAUCUAUAUCUGAUCGGCCAGCCUGCAUAUUCGACACCCGCAGCGCGUCAAAUACUGAUCCAACGAAUGCGCGAGACCCUUUUCAAGGCCAUUGCACUAGUUGGCCUCCCCAAACCGACCGAAUCUCUUAUCGCCAUCAGUCGAGUUGAGCCUGUUGAUGAAAUGGACCCUUCUUUCACCCGAGAAGGUUGGCAAUGUGAUGACACCAAUCGCACUCGUGGGAUGAACUGGCUACAUACGAUAUAUGCCCAAAAUGUCACAGCGCUAUUUGAUUUGUUCAGGAGACACCGGGAUUGGGGCUUCUGGGUUGGUGAAAUUGCCUAUGGAUUACAUCUGUCUGAUCGCCAGGUUCUUGACGAUGUAGACACCGAAUUGGUUGUUUUACCCGCAGUGAUGGGCCAGAAUCUCCCACGAAUGACAUAUUGGCAUAUUCGAGGUACUAGAAGAGUUGCGGUUUCCAAAGAGGAUGUGAAAAUGGUAUGUGACUGUGUACAUAAAGUGGCACGAUUUUGUGGCGUUGAGCUGGAUCGAGUUCCUUCGGUUGAUACAGUGGAAGCAGACAUGUAA